UCUCUCUCCUGCGGUCCAGCUCGUCUGUUUCGCCACACCAUCUAAUCGCAGUCCAAAACGCUCGCUUGAAAUAGACGCGAAACGGCUAAAACCCUAGCAUUGUCGUCGUCGCUCGAUCUGGACUCCUUAGUCGUUUCUCCUUCGAAGGAGAGUGCUGAGGGUCGGAUCUCAUUCCCGAGCUUUUCUUUUAGUUUUUACGCGGUUCGGCGGCAAAUUCUCACCAAAAAGAUAGAAAUGCGGAGAGAUUCAGGCCUUUGAAAAACGGAUUCAGAUGAACGAACGACGUCGAUAAUCUAAUAGAUUAACUGAUUUACGGUAUUGAAGCGAUCUGAUGGAAAAAUCGCUGUUUUUUCAGUUGUAAUGAUCUGUAAACGGAAGAAAUCCCGGUUUUUGUACGGUUCAUCGAGAAGGACUGAAGAAACGGGCAGAUAUGAAUGAAUGUACCGUUUUUUUUCUUUGGCCCACGGAUUUACGGCCAUGAAAAUGAUCUGAUGGUGAAAAUUCAAUGUUCUCGCAGCUCUAAUACUCUCUAACGGAAGGAUUCCUGCUUUUUCUCGGAUUCAUUCGGCGAAGACUGAAACGUAGUGUUACGAUUGAUUUUUCUGGAAGAGAUUGACCGUUUUGCUGCCAUUUCUCUGUGGAUUAACGGUCCCGAGGGCGAUUCAACGACGAAGAGAAUUUGCAUUUUCCCAAGUAUUUUUGCUCAAAAGAUGUGACUUUUGCGUGAAAAAAGGGGGCCUUUUUUAUCUGGAAAUAGGAGCUCUGCAUUUUCCUGAAUUCCGGCCGCGGUUUCAGUCGUCUCUGCUCGGAUUUUCAUUUUGGGAUGAUGUUGAAGGAGACAUCAUUGACUGCCCGAGAAGUGGAUCCUCUGUUAAAGGAUCUCACAGAGAAGAAGAAGAAUUUUCGGCACAGUGUUGUUUCGUUGGCAGCUGAGCUUAAGGAUGUUCGUGGUCGGCUAGCCUCGCAAGCGGAAUCUUUUGCCCGAGAGACACUAACCCGACAGGCGGCAGAGGCAAAGGCAAGGAGCAUGGAGGAUGUGAUAUGCCAGUUGCAGAGGAGAUUGGAAGAGAAGAAUGGCCAGUUGCAGGUGUCAAAAUCAGACACUGAACAGUACCUCAAGGAGUUAGAUAAUCUCAGAUCACAGCUUUCAGUUGCUCAAGCAACUGCAGAUGAGAGUACUGCAUCAGCCCAAUCAAUGCAGUUUCAAUGUUUGGCCAUGUUGAGGGAAUUAGAAGAGAAAAGCAGUUCACUUAAAGCGCACGAAAAUCGUGUUACUAUGCUAGGAGAGCAGUUGGAUCAUUUGCAGAAGGAUCUCGAAGCAAGGGAAGCUUCUCAGAAGCAACUGAAAGAUGAAGUUUUGAAAAUUGAAGAAGGGAUUAUGCUCGCAGUCACCAAAGCUGGAGUCUUCAAAGAUCAGGAACUGAUGAAGAUUUUAGAGGAGGACAUUCUGAAGGAUUUUGGGAGUAUUAAGAAACAUCUAAAUGCAAAGGAUGAAGAGAUAUCCAGAUUGAGAGAUGAGAUCGGGGUAAUGUCUGCUCAAUGGAAACUAAAAACCAAGGAACUGGAAUCGCAGUUGGAGAAACAUCGGAGAUCUGAUCAAGAAAUCAAGAAACGGGUACUGAAAUUGGAAUUUUGUCUUCAGGAAGCUCGGUCCCAAGUGAGGAAGCUUCAAAGGGCGGGAGAGAAAAGAGACAAAGCUCUGAAGGAACUGAGAGAUCAAUUGGCCAUGAAACAGCAGAUGGGAGACAGCAGCAUUAACAGGCAGAAAUUCUGGGAGAGCUCUGGUUUCAAGAUUGGAGUUUCCAUGUCCAUCUUGGUGUUGGUUCUACUUGCGAAGCAGUAAAAACCUUACGCCCUUCAGUUACCGCAUGUAUAGAACGGGAAACAGAGGCACCAGUGGAACUGCAUUAAUGAAAUGAAAAGAGAUUGAUAUUUGAGCCCCUUCUGCUAUGUAUAAAUGGGCCGGCCUAUUCACUAUUCAUGCUUCCAUGAGGCGAUUAACCGGGUUUUGCAUUUUCCGGUCUAUAAUUUUUGGCUGAUUAUCCCUGCUAUUGUUUUAUUUUCUGUUUUUAUUUUCUUUUUCUUUUUGCUACAUAACCUCUCUUAAAUGGUAAUGAUGUAACCACACCCUUUUUGAAGAAGGUGCUUAAAAUUUCAUGUUUGGAAUUA